AUGUUGACUGUCCAUAAAAUGCAGUUUAGCGUCUUCUUGCUGUUGUGGGGAUGGGUUUUGUCUACUGAAUGCAGAGUUCACCGGCAAGGAAAAGAAAUACAUGAGGUAUAUAAGAAGGGCAGUCAACCGCAAAGACAGAGACGAGAAACACACAAGCAAGGCAGGUAUGCUACUAAAAACAUAUCCCCAAUACUAAAACGAAGCCCUGACAUCACCAAAUCACCGCUAACCAAGUCAGAACAACUUCUGAGAAUAGAUGACCAUGAUUUCAGCAUGAGACCAGGUUUUGGAGGCCCUGCAAUUCCUGUGGGAGUAGAUGUACAAGUUGAGAGUCUGGAUAGUAUUUCAGAGGUGGAUAUGGACUUCACCAUGACCCUUUAUCUGAGACACUACUGGAAAGAUGAAAGACUGUCCUUCCCAAGCACCAACAACCAAAGCAUGACAUUUGAUGGCAGGCUAGUGAAAAAAAUUUGGGUUCCUGACAUGUUCUUUGUACAUUCCAAGCGCUCCUUUAUCCAUGACACCACCACUGACAACGUCAUGCUACGGGUCCAGCCAGAUGGGAAGGUACUUUAUAGCCUCAGGGUCACAGUAACUGCAAUGUGCAACAUGGAUUUCAGUCGCUUCCCCCUGGACACACAGACGUGUUCACUGGAAAUUGAAAGUUAUGCCUACACUGAAGAUGAUCUAAUGCUGUACUGGAAGAAUGGGAAUGAUUCCCUUAAAACAGAUGAGAGGAUAUCGCUAUCCCAGUUCCUUAUACAGGAGUUUCACACCACCACAAAGCUUGCCUUUUACAGCAGUACAGGAUGGUACAAUCGCCUGUACAUUAACUUCACUUUACGCCGCCAUAUCUUCUUCUUCUUGCUGCAAACCUAUUUCCCUGCCACUUUGAUGGUCAUGCUGUCCUGGGUGUCUUUCUGGAUUGAUCGCAGAGCUGUACCUGCCAGGGUCCCUUUAGGAAUAACUACGGUACUGACCAUGUCUACAAUCAUUACUGGUGUAAAUGCCUCCAUGCCUCGAGUUUCCUACAUCAAAGCUGUGGACAUUUACCUCUGGGUCAGUUUUGUGUUCGUCUUUCUCUCAGUGUUGGAAUAUGCAGCAGUGAACUACCUGACAACAGUGCAAGAGCGGAAGGAGAGGAAGCUGCGAGACAAACUUCCUUGUACUUGCGGACUACCUCAGCCCCGGCCCAUGAUGAUGGACGGCAGCUACAGCGAUGGAGAUGUGAAUGAACUGGGACACUAUGUGUCUGAGAACGGAGAUAAACCAGACAGAAUGAUGAUGCAGCUGACACUUGGUUCUGAAAGGAGUUCAAGCAGGAGGAAAAGCCAGAAAUACGUCAGCAUGCGCAUCGACACCCAUGCCAUUGACAAGUAUUCCAGAAUAAUAUUCCCAGGCUCAUACAUUUUAUUUAAUUUGAUAUACUGGUCCAUUUUUUCAUAA